UACUUAAAACAUUACAACCUCAGCUAAAUUAGGCCUUAAUAUCAUAUACUAUAUCGCCGCAAGCUAGGUCCGGACAUCGAAUUAAAAAAAAAAAAAACCAUAUACAUCGCCCCUAUAAUGUGAUAGUGCACCACACUUGACCGUUUUUUUAUUUAACCGAAGGUGACGAAGGCCGGCAGACUUUAUCUUCCAAGAACGCCAAUUGACAAUUUCAAACAGUACUGUUGUCACCAUUUCUUCUGUUCCAUAACACCCCAGGUCCUCACCUCACUUCGUCCAAAAAUGGCUACUUCCUCUUCCCUCUCUCUCCUCCUCCUCUUCCUCUCUCUCCUCACCCCCACCUCCGUCCACCCCAAACCCCUCCAAGACUCCCCGUACCUCUCCCCUGCCACCGUCCUCUUCCCCGACUUCGACCGCAUGCUCGCCACUUUCAAAAUCUACGUCUACCCCCCACCAACGCCCUUCACCUUCGCCACCCCGUCCGAAUCCCUGUUCCACGCCUCCCUCCUCAACUCACGGUUCAUCACCGACGACCCCGAUGAGGCCCACCUCUUCUACGUCCCCUUCCCGCCCGACCUCCCGUCCCGCUCCCUCUCCGGCCUCGUCGCGUCCCUCCGGACCAACUUCACCUUCUGGUACCGCAGCCUCGGGGCCGACCACUUCUUCCUCUCCCGCGCCGGCAUCGGCCACGCCCCCGACCGCAACGUCCUAGAGUUAAAGAAAAAUUCCGUCCAGAUUUCUUGCUUUCCGACCACCUCCGGCCACUUCUUCCCCCACAAGGACGUAAUCCUGCCGCCCGUCCCCUCUUCCCCACUCGCGCUUCCUCACGCGCGCGUGGGUAAAGAAACGGCGACGUUUUUGGGGUUCAUGAGGCGGGACGAGGAACAGGAAAGUCAGUCGAGUCUGGUCGAGGAAGUGGAGGGUGAUCCUGAGUUUUUGGUUGAAUCUGAGCCGUCGGAUUUAACGAGGAGUAAAUUCUGCUUGUUCGUGUACGGCGGGGAUGGGUCGUGGCUGGGGGAGGCGUUGAGGCUGGGGUGCGUGCCGGUGGUGAUUACGGACCGUCCGAUCCAGGACAUGCCGUUGAUCGACGUGGUGAGGUGGUCGGAGAUCGCGGUGUUCGUGGGGUCGCGCGGUGGCGUGGCAGAGCUGAAGCGGGUGCUGGGCGGGAUCGGCGGGGAACAAUAUGAGCAGAUGAGGGGAUUGGGUGUGACGGCAGGGAGGCACUUCGUGUGGAAUGAGGUGCCACAGCCGUUCGAUGCAUUUCACAUGGUGAUGUAUCAGCUGUGGCUGAGACGACACACCAUUAGAUACGCUCGGAGGGAGUGGAUGUAGAUUUUCGAUCCGGAUCCGGAUGUGACCCGGGAGUUUAAUCCGAGACUAUUCUCUCGAACACGCAUCGUGUAUUUUGUUUUCGUAAAAAAUUCUAAAACCACACACACAACCAUGGGUCGAACAAACAUCUACACAAUCAAUUACGUGCACUCUUUGUCAUGGGUUGGUUCCACGUAAAGGAGUGAGGUGUUCUUUUGUUUUUGUUAAUAAACACUUGUUUUGUGCUUUGUUUUAUUAUGUAAAAAGUACUACUCCUACAUUUUACCCAUAGUUCUGAAUACCGUUUCGAACA